AUGUGCGAAGAUGAUGAACCCAAAAGUAUUGUCUCCUUCAGUUUGGUUAUUGCAGGUUUGUGAAAAUAAAAUAAAGCCAUUUUUAUGAAGUGGAUGUUUUCAGGUUCGAUAAUCUCAAUAGUUUCAAUAUUCAAUAAUGUGCUUCUUUUUAUUGCACUACUUCGGAAUAACAGAUGUUUCAAAUGUUAUUUUCAUGUAAGUGGGGAUCUUACCAAAAGAAUUUCAACCUCGAGAUUUCCUACCAGGAUUCCUUUAAGAAAUUUUCAUCGAGGCCUUUUUAAUUUCAAAAAAAAAACUUCAAACCUAUUUUUUUGCAGUUCAUCCUAGCCUUGUGUUUUUUCGACAUCAUCGUAAGUGUAUGCUAUAUGCCAGUUAUCCUUGUCGAUUCUCUGAAAGUAAGUCAUUUUAUUUUUAGUUCAACAUUUUCUAGAUGCACGUAUUUUGUAUUUGUUUCAAAUCAUCGAUGCGUGAAGAAGCUCAUCAAAUUUUUAUUCGAAUUUGAAUUUCAUUUUCAUAUUUUCCAGGAUUGGACAAAAUGGGUGGAAUUGGCUAGAGCUUGGUGGCCAUUUUUUGUUUAUGGCUUGACUUUGACAAAUGUUUCGAUGACAACCGCAAGUUUUAUACUUGUAGCAAUUUUGUAUGAAAGAUAUUUGAUAACUGUGAGAAGUUAUAUUCUGAAACAAUUUCAAACCAAAAGAAGUCUUUGGUGUUUUUGUGAGUUUUUGAAGUGAGGAAUAUGUAAAUUCAAAAAAAAAAGUUUUUAGUAUGUCUUCUGCUUGGAAUACUUACAAAGGGUGGAAUGUUUUUGGAACUCGAUGUUUUUCCAAAUGAAGAUGAGACUUGUAAGAAUACUGUAUUAGAAUAUGAAGUUGGAAUGACUGAAAUAUCACAAUCAUUAUGGUAUGGAAAUGUUUAUAAAUUCUGGAUCAGAAACAUUGUAACAGUAUUUCUCCCAUUUUUCCUACUAUUAACUAUAAAUCUUCAAAUUGUUCUCGAACUUCGGAAAAGAAUGAAUCGAGAAUUGAGCAUUGGAUCGAGGCAGAGAUUCAGUUCAAAAAUGCAAAGCAAAGUGAGAUUUUUUGAAAAAAAAAAACAGAAUAGAAGUAAAUAAAUUUUCUUUAGACAAAUGUGAAACAAGCCACCGCAACAAUGUUAUUUAUCUGUGUGAUUUAUCUGAUUUGCAAUGCAACAAAUGUUUUUAUAACCGCUUGGGAAUUUAUUGAUAUCAAAAGUUUGCAAGACGAGUGAGUUCAGAUCAAAAACCUAAAUGAAAAUAAUUGGAAAAGAUUUAGAAAAGAUUAUAUUUGAGUUGUUUGUCAUAGAAAAUCCAUUUUUCUAGGGAUUAAUUUUCAAAAAGAUUACCGAACAGUGAUGUUAUAGAUUUGACAAAAAAUCUUGUAGGUCAAAACUCUUUGCGGAUUUAGAAAUUUACCAGAAUUUUUUUGAAAAUCUGAAUUUAUAAUUUUCAAAACUAAAUUCUUAAUUCUUACUUUCUUGUGUUUGAGUUGGAAACAUGUCACUUUGAACCAAAAGUAUCAAGUUUGCAAGAAGAAAUGAACUUUAAACUGUGCUUCUCAAGAAAAAUAAGACUCAAUUCACUAAAAAAAAUUCAGAAAAAAAAUUUCGCGUUUUAAAAUGUUUCUCACAUGAUUGAGGGAAACUGAGACCAAAUUCUAGAUUGAUUUUCAACAUAUUUUUUCCAGAUUCAUCAUUCCUUAUAUGCUUUCCGCUGACAUCUCCUCAGUUCUUGUUGUAACUGCGUGCGCACUUCGUCUUCCAAUCUACAUGCUCUGUAAUCCGGAACUUCGUCGGACAAUCAAACGCUCAUUCACUCAUCGUAUAGAACAUCAGCAAAAACUUCAAGACACUUUUAGUUUGAUCACUAAAAUUCUUGUUUGA